UGCAGAUAGAAGACACCAGCUUUUCCAAGCCUGCAUUAUGGACUUGGGACCAGCUGGGACUCAGAAACCUCCUACACUUCCAGUGCCAACUUGUGACCACUAAUCCACUGACCAUCUCCAGACUCACCCUACAUUACCCCUGCUCUCACUGGAUCUGCUGCCUGUGUUGACCAUGCCUGGGUGGAGCUGCCUGGUGACAGGGGCAGGAGGGUUUCUGGGGCAAAGGAUUGUCCACUUGCUGGUGCAGGAGAAGGAUCUGGAGGAGGUCAGAGUCCUGGACAAGGUCUUCAGACCGGAAACCAGGGAGGAAUUCAACAACCUACAGACAAAGACCAAGGUGACAAUGCUGGAGGGAGACAUUCUGGAUGCCCAGUACCUGAGGAGAGCCUGCCAGGGCAUCUCUGUUGUCAUCCACACUGCUGCUGUCAUUGAUAUUUGGGGGGCCAUUCCCAGACAGACCAUCCUGGAUGUUAAUAUUAAAGGUACCCAGAAUCUGUUGGAAGCCUGUGUUCAAGCUAGUGUGCCAGCUUUCAUCUACACCAGCUCAUCUGAUGUUGCAGGGCCCAACUCCUACAAGGAGAUUGUCCUGAAUGGCCAUGAAGAAGAACAUCGUGAAAGUACAUGGUCUGAUCCCUACCCAUAUAGCAAAAAGAUGGCUGAGAAGGCUGUACUAGCAGCCAAUGGGUGCAGCCUGAAAGAUGGUGGCACUCUGCAUACUUGUGCCUUAAGACCUAUGUUUAUCUAUGGGGAAAAGAGUCUUAUAAUUUAUGUUAUAAUGAUCAGGGCCCUCAAAAAUAAUGGUAUUCUGGAUGUUACUGGCAAAUUUUCCACAGUUAACCCAGUAUAUGUGGGUAAUGUGGCCUGGGCACAUAUUUUGGCUGCCAGGGGCCUACGAGACCCCAAGAAGUCACCAAGCAUCCAAGGUCAGUUCUACUACAUCUCAGAUGACACUCCUCACCAAAGCUAUGAUGAUUUAAACUUUGCUGUGAGCAAGGACUGGGGCUUCCACGUUGAUUCCAGUUGGAGCCUUCCUCUGCCCCUGCUCUACUGGCUUGCCUUCCUGCUGGAAACUGUGAGCUUCCUGCUGCGUCCAAUCUACAACUUCCGGCCUCCAUUUAACCGCCACUUGGUCACAGUGUUAAAUUGUGUGUUCACCUUCUCCUACAAGAAAGCUCAGCGAGAUCUGGGCUAUGAGCCACCUGUCAGCUGGGAGGAAGCCAGACAGAAAACUUCACAGUGGAUCGGGUCACUAGUGGAGCAGCACAAGGGGACACUGAACACAAAGACUCAGUGAUGUGACCAUGGCAGGGACAUGGCCCUGGGUGCUGUCAGUUGGUAGUUGCCAGGUCUUCCAGAAGGGACAGAUGUACAAUCCAAGUCCUUCUGCCUUCCCUUGACACACAGACCAACUUGGUGUAUUCCUCAAGUCACCAGAUGCUUUGCCAGUCACUGGCCCUGACACAGGCUUUCUUCCCCAGCACCUGCCCAGCAACACAGGGCUGCUGUGUCUCAGCUCAAACUUCCAAACUUUCCAUGCCUCUUGCACCUUAGAGUUCUCUCCAUUGGUUUCAUCUCCCUACUAAAAACAUUUUGCUUCUCUGCAAAAUUUUCUUUGCUCUCUCUGAAGCUCAAUCAAAGGAUCAAUAAAUACUGAUUAGUACAUCAUCUGCA